GCCCAGCAGCUUCUUCCGCCGGGGGUCUCGCCGACUUGCACAGGUUGAAAAUGAAUGUAAGAAGUAAUGUUUUACGUUCGUAGUUAUAUUUCACCGUUUAUAGGAGAAAUAGCUGUCGUAUUUUUGCAUUCCUAAGCGUCACUGAGGCUUGCUGCUUCGGCAGUUGGAGCUACUGUCGCUAUAAACUGUACUUUAGCUCAACAUGUCUGCGGAGGAAGCGGACAAAACAGCCACUACUGACGCCAGCGCCGGGGAUGAAGAGGAGGAAUGGCUGUAUGGAGAUGAAUCAGAAAGCAAGGAAGAGGAUGAAGAAACCAAACUGAGUGCUAGUGUCAGUGCACCUGCUGAGACUUCAACAGAUGAUGCUGCCAUUGUUGAUGUACACGCCACUGGAAAUGGAGUUGCCUCUGAGGCCCCAGGUGAAGCUACGGGUGAGGACGUGGAGAGUGACAGCGACAGUGAUGACGACGAUGAUGAUGUCCGAGUUACCAUUGGCGACAUUAAAACUGGAGCACCACAGUAUACGACAUAUGGAGCCCCACCUGUUAACCUCAACAUAAAGACAACAGGCUCAAGACCGUAUGGACAAGUGACCACAAAACUUAAGGGCGUGGAUCUGGAUGCACCUGGAAACAUUAAUGGCAUCCCUGUGCUGGAGGUGGACAUGGAGUCCUUUGAAGAGAAACCCUGGAGGAAACCAGGUGCUGAUUUGUCCGACUACUUCAACUACGGCUUCAAUGAGGACACCUGGAAGGCUUAUUGUGACAAGCAGAAGAGGCUGCAAAAGGGGCUGGAGGUUUCUACAGGCAGCUCAGGGACCAGCAAGAUCACUGUUCAGCAGGGCAGAACAGGAAAUGAAAAGGAGGUAUCCAGUUUAGCUGUUCACACAUCUAAAGCAGACUUCCCAUCCCCUGUCAGCCUGUACAAGUCUGUUUCCAGUCAGAUCACCAGGAAGACGAGUGGUACGAUUGAUGUGAUUGGUGGUCAGUUGGCUACAAUCAGCAGGGUUGAGGGGCGACGCAGACACAACUUGGAGGGAAACAAUAUCCAGGUGAUCUCGGAGCAUUCGACGUCAGAAGCUGAAUCGUCUGCAGCUAAGAUUCCUACCUUCUUCCCUCCUGGACCGAUUCCUCCAAACAUACCCCCACCUCCUUUCCUCCCUCCCCCACCCAACGUCAGCACUGCACCUCCUCUCAUACCUCCACCCAGAUUGCCCAUUACAGUCCCUCCUCCUGGUUUUCACCCUCCAACAAGCGGCCCUCCACCUUCUUUAAUUCCCACAAUGGACAGCAGCCACACAGGAGGCUACGAUGGGCGCUCUGUCCCUCCGUACCCGUUUCCUCAAGGUGCUUACCCACCACCUUUAGCAGGAGGUGUGCCUCCCCCAUGGCCCCCCAUGGUGGACAACAGCAAACCCUGGGACUACUAUUCCCGCCGUGAGGACAAGAGAGAAAAAGAGCGAGACAGACCCAGAGAGAGGACCCAUGAACGAGAGCGAGAGAGGGAGCACAGCCCCUCCACCAUGAGCUACACCAGUGAUGAGGAGCGAUAUCGCUACCGCGAGUACCAGGAACGCGGUUACGCAGAGCGCCAUCGAGAUCGGGCAAGCCGAGAAAAGGAGGAGAGACACAGGGAGAGGCGGCACCGCGAGAAAGAGGAGGGACGUCACAAGUCCUCCCGCAGUAGCAGCAGCCGGAGGAGACACGACAGCGAAGAGGGCGACAGCCACAGGAGGCACAAACACAAGAAGAGUAAAAGGAGCAAAGAGGGCAAAGAGGCUAGUGAGGAUAUGGGUGCAGAUCAGGAGAACCAGGAGGCUAUGGAGUAAAAAUGUCCAUCUCUUAGUUUCUCUUCGAUUUGUUCCCAGGCAGGAGAGGAAGGAAAUUAAAUGAAAGAAUCAUGUUCUCCUGCAUCCUCCUUAACGUCACCACCACCUCAGAGGAGAGCAGGAGCUGAGGGAGAGCUGAUCACCCCUCUUAUCCUCCCACCAGUAAACACAGUAGUCCUGCAGCCACCUGUCCCAGCCCAUCUCUCAGAGCAAAGCUGCAACAAUUAGCUCACAUUCAGAGAUUUCAUUGUUCAUUCAGGACCAUUAGUCUGAUGAAAGUUUUUUUUGUAUUGAUGGUUUGGUAUCAUUCUGUUCUUGUAAGAAAUUAAGACAUCUAAGAACUUGCUGUCUGUUAAGUUUGAUUAAAAACACUUUUG